AUGUAUGUGAAAUGGUUUGAUACAGUAAUGUUUUACUAUAUUAUUUUAGUGAAUUUAGUGAAUGUCACUUUUUUGUCAUUUUCCGUCCCGACGUCGCAGGGGACGGAACACAGAUGACAGAUGCCUGCAUCCGCCGGAGGACAAUACAGGAGGGACAUCGUGGGAGCGCAGGACAAGGUAAGAGAAGAACAGAUCCCGGAGCAGUGCCUCAUGGUAAGCCCGAGUGUAGCUCGGGUUACCGCUUGUGCUACACUCGGGAAUACCGCCAGGGAGGCUAC